AGCACUUUUCCUUCGCUAUAAAUUGAGAGGAGACGUGGCAAAGGCGUCUCCGGAGAUCGGGUCUUUGAGUGCCGGCGUGGCCAGGUUUAGCGCUGCGGGUCCUUGGCCGUUUCGUUGUUAGCGCACGGAUCGCCCUGCUGGGCGGCCGAAAGCGCCGAGAAACCGGAAGGCAGACGCCCUGCUCCCUGCUGCUUUGUUCAAGCUGCGAAAAGCCGAGUUCAUAGUCGCCGGUGAACUGAGCUGGAACUUUGUAGUGCAGCAAGUGUUGAUUGGAGAAGUAACUCACAACGAAUUAAGGAUGAGUAAGAGCAAAGACGAUGCACCUCAUGAGCUAGAGAGCCAGUUUAUCUUACGACUGCCCCCAGAAUAUGCCGCUACUGUGAGGAGGGCAGUGCAGUCUGGGCAUGUCAACCUGAAAGACAGACUGAGCAUUGAGUUACACCCUGAUGGGCGUCAUGGAAUUGUUAGAGUGGAUCGAGUGCCCUUGGCUGCAAAAUUGGUGGAUUUGCCUUGUGUUACGGAAAGCCUGAAAACCAUUGAUAAGAAAACCUUUUACAAGACAGCUGAUAUCUCUCAGAUGCUUGUAGCCACAGUAGAUGGUGACCUAUACCCUCCUGUGGAGGAGCCAGCUGCCACUGCUGAUCCCAAAGCAAACAAGAAAAAAGAUAAAGACAAAGAGAAGAAGUUUGUUUGGAACCAUGGCAUUACUCUACCUCUAAAAAAUGUCAGAAAGAGAAGGUUCCGGAAGACAGCGAAGAAGAAGUACAUUGAAUCUCCAGAUGUGGAAAAAGAAGUAAAGCGGCUGCUGAGUACAGAUGCAGAAGCUGUCAGUACUCGUUGGGAGAUAAUUGCUGAAGAUGAAAUAAAGGAGACGGAAAAUCAAGGCCUUGAUAUCUCUUCUCCAGGAAUGUCUGGCCACAGGCAGGGCCAUGACUCACUAGAGCGUGACGAGCUUCGGGAGAUAUUCAAUGACCUCAGCAGCAGCAGUGAAGAUGAGGAGGACGUAAACAUCAUGGACACCGAGGAAGAUCUGGAGAGACAGCUACAAGACAAGCUAAACGAAUCAGACGAACAACACCAGGAAAAUGAAGGAACCAAUCAGUUGGUUAUGGGAAUUCAGAAGCAGAUUGAUAACAUGAAAGGCAAGCUCCAAGAAACCCAAGACAGGGCAAAGCGUCAGGAGGAUCUCAUCAUGAAGGUGGAAAACCUGGCUCUCAAGAACAGGUUUCAAGCUGUUCUGGAUGAGCUCAAACAAAAGGAAGACCGUGAAAAGGAGCAGCUUAGCUCUUUGCAAGAAGAGCUGGAAUCACUUCUGGAGAAGUGAGAAUGUUGACUUUAGUCCUUAGACUAGUCAGCUUAAGAAAAAUUUAUUUUCAGAGUAAGGUCUUGAAAUACUUUUUUUUUUUUUUAAAGUUUUUUGUUUUCAGAACUAGGGUGGUGGGUGUUCAUUCUUAAGAAAGUAAGAUUACAUAGGAGGGUUUGUUGUAGGGAAGAUACAAGUAAGAUCAGUGAAACGAAAACACUUUGAGCUUUUAAUCACCUCACCAUAGGACUUUGUUUUCUAAAAGUUUCUAGCCUUAUUCUUUGGUGCUAAGAUCAGUAAUAAGCUAGCCUACAGGCAAUGAUGUUGAUUUUUAAAAAAGAAAUAUAUAUAUAUAUAUAACCUUCUCAGCAAGUUUCCAUGUUAUGGAAAUGCAGUUUUUUUUUUUUUUUCAUAAAAGUUGUUUCUUAUACAAUAAAAGCUACUAAUUUUCA